GUGGGCCAGGAGCAGGCGGCGCUUGGCGAAGGAGGGAGGCUCAAGGUUGAACGCGUGUCAAGGUGGCGCAGCAGCUUCAAGGUCCUGGCGUGUCGGGUCUGUUCCUCCUCUCCAGGCUCUUCAAGCUGCUGGGCAUUGAGUGAGGCUGCAGAUUUCCUUUCUUCCCCCUUUCCUUCCUCGGCUGCGUCUCUCCGUCUCCUCGCGCUUUCUCCCUGCGUCAGAGUUUUGCCAGGGACGCGCGACGUGGGGCUGAUCCCCGCGCGCUUCCCCUUCUCUUGCCCUUCUUCCAAAACAGCCUUUUCCAAUCCAUCCCUUGGGAGGCUCCGACUCCGCUCUUCCUGCCCCGUUGCCCCUUGAUGCUCUUGCCACCCGUGUCUCUGACGUAGCUGUGGAAGAAGGAGCGGGUGGGGAGGAGGGGGGGGGGUCUAGAGGAGGAGGAGGGAAAGAGGGCGGGCGAAAGGGAUGCAUGACUCACAAUGUUAUGAUGCGGAUCCACAACACACCGCCACAUUCGGCUAGAGACGGCGCACCGAAGCCGCCGCCGCCGGGGAGCGAGGAAGAAGCGGCGCUCUCCUUGGCGCGACCCCACGCAGGGCCCCACUCCUGGCGCUCCCACGGGACCGGGUUUCAAGGUGACUCCCCUUUCGGUCUGGUUCUCAUCUGGGGGGGGCCUGGCAGUGCAGCCCCCCCAAACUUCACUUCUCUGAAACACGGCUCUAGCCAACCUACUCCGCUGCUUCACUUGCGAUCGCCUGUGUGGAGGCUGCACAGCGCCAGCUCCUCCACCUAGACAGGGCAUUGCUCUCCAGCCUGUCAUGCCCAGCUGUGAGCCAGUGCCACCUGCACCGUGCCUCCCCACCAAGACUUUCCGCAGUUAUCUGCCGCGGUGCCACCGGACAUACAGCUGUGUCCACUGUCGGGCACACCUGGCCAAGCACGAUGAACUCAUCUCAAAGUCCUUCCAGGGAAGUCACGGUCGCGCCUAUCUUUUCAAUUCUGUGGUCAAUGUGGGCUGUGGUCCAGCCGAGCAACGCCUCUUGCUCACAGGUCUCCAUUCGGUUGCUGAUAUAUUUUGCGAAAGCUGCAAGACUACGUUGGGGUGGAAAUAUGAACAAGCCUUCGAGACCAGCCAGAAGUACAAAGAAGGAAAGUAUAUUAUUGAGAUGUCACAUAUGGUGAAGGACAACGGCUGGGACUGAGGAGGGACUCUCUGGAUGCACACCCUCCUGCGUAGCAUGCCUUGCCCUUUCCUAACCCCACAACCACAGCUGGCAUCCCGGCACAACCAACCCAGCCCCUUCCCCACCCCAUCUCUUGCACAGCAUCACCCGUGGAAAUGGAAAGACCAGGACCCUUCUCCCAAAUCUCUUGUACUUCCUGAAAUGAUGGAUCCACAGUUUGGAGGACCCCACCCCUACAGCAGAAGGGCAAGUUCACAGGGUACAGGGGCCAAUGUGGGAGGAUUGUGAGAGGGAUUCUAUUUGGCCCGUUACAGGGCAUGCUACCCCUUCCCCAGCUAAGCACUUGUUGGGUAGGAAAAACUGGGGCACUCAAAACUGCAAGCCUGGAAGCUGGCUUGACUUAGGCAGUCCUUCGCAUAAGAAAGACACAGUCCUUUCUGGAUGAGGCAGAAAAGUCUGGGAAUACAGGGCAAGCUCUGACAGAAGGGGCACAGCUUAGUGGUUAAAGCACAUAGUGCAUGUUGAAAGCUCGUUUCACUCCCAGUUUAAAAGAGAACCUCAAGGAGCGGGGCUGUAACAGAUCUUGACCGUCACAACUGAUAACAUUGUGCAGGAAGGACCCAGUGGCCUGGUUCAGCUUAAAGGAGCUUCUUAUGCUCCUCUUUUUUUGCUGGGGAGAAAUAGAAAGUGUUUGUCAGCCUAUCAGUGUUGGGCAGAGAAGGCUGGAGGGAGACUCAGUCUCCCAUCGUGAAACAAGUAUCCUGGAGGUAGGGGACAGAGGAACAGUCCCUCUCCACAUGGGGCCAUGGUAGUUCACCUCCCCGUCACCAUCCCCUUUCCCUGAACACUGCCGUGGUAUUUUCCCCAUGUUUAUUCUAUGGAGUCUAUUUCUUUUGUUUUGGGUCGUCAUGUGCUUGUGAUCCUGGGGCACUUUGGACCCCCACAGUCCCUCCACCACACACACACAAAGAAAGGGUGGGGGGGAUCAGGUGGAAGCAAAGCCUCAAGCACUGUCACCAGCGCAGGAUUUUUUUGUAUAAUAAAAGUGUUUUAUAUUUAAAACAAAUUAACAAAUGGCA